AGAGGAGAUUGAUGACAGUGAAAAAGAACAAUAAAUAAAUGUAAACAUUAUAUUUAACAAGAAAAAUAAUAAUAUUUUAUAUGCAAAAAUUCAUGGAAACUUUGUUAAUCAGCUGUUGAGUUUUCUCAUAUUUCCUCUAGGUUCUGUGUUCAUGCUUCUAGGCAAUCAAAUAUCUUUAGAGAAUUGCAUUAGCAAUUUGUAUUCCUCAACAUAAAAAUUAAGCUUAGAAUAUUUUGAGUCAAAAAAAAGAGAAAAAAAUGUUUGUGCUUCUAAAAAUUACUUCCUACUAUGGAUGUAGUGAACAAAUGCUACAAUUGGAUGAAAUGACAUCAGCUAACUCCAUGCAAGCAUAAAUUAAGCGAGACAAAAAUCAUAGAGCAAAACCCCAAGUUAAAAAAUGGAGAGACUGAUUAUGGUGGAGGUUUUGCGAAAGGUUACGGACAACUUUCAAAUUUCUAUGAUUUCCUCCAUUUCUAUCAUAAUUAAAGGAAUAAAGUUUCUUAUUUUCGAUCUUGUUAAGAAGGCAUUUAGCAUUUACCUUUCUGAUAUCGUCCCCUCUAUUAUCUUUUUGUAUUUCGUUUUUUUUUUUAACGAAGGAAUGGCUAAUGGUUUGAUUUGGGCAAAUGCGGAGGACUUGGCAAGGAAUAGAGGAAAGGUGCUCUCUUUAUAUCGUCAAAUUUUGAGAUCCCUCAAUUAUCCUGAUCUCCCACUUAUGUCGCUCGCCUCUCAAAGAAAGCUCAGGUCUGCACCAUCUUCAUAUUUGGAUCAGAGGAACGAUCCCUUCACAACAUUGCUAACCUUAUCGAUAUCGCCAAGUUCUCCCUUUCAAUUCGUCCGGUGUCCUGACGUGGCUCUAAGUUCGGACGCUAAUAACAUGUUGCCUUGUGCUCUUACUUUUUACCGCGCGGCCCGACGAUCUGACCUGGACCGAAACCCGGGGUUGCUAUGUUCACGUAUUGCUAAGUAUUACUCGGUAUUGCGCGGAAUGGCCAAUGGUUUGAUUUGGGCAACUGCUGAGGACUUGGUGAGGACAGAGGAAAGGGUGCUCUAUUUAUAUCGUCAAAUUUUGAAGUCCCUCAAUUUCUCUGAUCGCCCGCUUACUUAUGCCGCUCGCCCAAAGAAAGCUGAGGUCCGCACCAUCUUCAUAUUUGGAUCUGAGGAGCGAUCCCUUCACAACAUUGCUGACCUUAUCGAUACCGCCGAGUACUCCCUUUCAAUUCUUAAGAAGGGUCGUCUUCCAUAAGAUAGAUCCGUGCAAAAGGCAUUUCGUGUAUGUUCCUUCCUCUUUCUUUCUUGAGAAUAAUGAGAUAUGUAUUUUUUUUUCCGAAAUGAAAAUUAUUCGCUCGGCUUAUGUAGUUUAACCUAUAUAUAGGGCUGAGAGGUGUU